ACGCAGGUGUUCCAAGGUCGGGUGUUCUCUGAUUACGGUGCCGGCUACAUCCUACGUAAGACACAGCAUGUGUCGCACGCAGUCGAUUGCACUGUCCAUUUUAUCUGUCAUCAGCAUGGGGGAUGCGUAGCGCCACCGUUGCGCUUCGGGAAGAUCAAGAAUAUUGUAGGAUUGUAGCGCCUUUUCUCCGUGAGCGAUCGUUCGUCGUCCGUCGCCCGCCCCGUGUUGUGACGUGUGGGUCCAAGACAUCGAUUCCUGUUUUAGCAUGCUUCAGGCCAUUCGAUACCGGGCAGGCACGCUGGAGAUUCUCGACCAGCUGCGACUCCCCCACGAAAGCCACUACCUGAUUCUGCCCGAUGCAGGUGCUGCCUGGGAAGCCAUCCAUUCCAUGAAGGUGCGAGGUGCACCGGCCAUUGCCAUGGUGGCCGCACUUGGCUUGGCUUCUGAGCUGACGCUGGUCAAGCUGCCUGGGAGCCGCCCAGAAUUGGCUGCCUACGUACGCAGCCGGCUGGAGUACCUCAAGACAUCACGCCCCACGGCAGUAAACCUGGCAAACAUGGCUGCUCAUUUUGAGAAGAUGGCCGAUGCGCUCACCAAGCAAGAAGGACUGUCCGUGGAAGCCAUGCGUGAUGCGAUCUGUGCGGAGGCAGAAGGCAUGCUAGCUGCAGAUGUGGCUGCAAACCGUGCCAUUGGCCAACAUGGGGCCGAACAUAUGGUGGCGAACUGCCGAGUACCAAAUGUCGGCAAGCUUGGCGUCAUCACUCACUGCAACACGGGCAGUCUGGCCACUGCUGGCUACGGAACUGCACUUGGCGUUGUGCGGCAGCUGUACGAGAGAGGACAGCUGGAACGCGCUUACUGCACCGAGACACGGCCGUACAACCAGGGAUCCCGUCUGACGGCCUUUGAGCUGCUGCACGACCACAUUCCAGCCACCCUGAUUUGUGACAGCAUGGCUGCUGCCCUGAUGGCCACGGGCCGGGUCCAUGCGGUUGUGGUGGGUGCAGACCGGGUCACUGCCAACGGUGACACAGCAAACAAGAUCGGUACAUACCAGCUGGCUAUUUGUGCCAAGCACCACGGUGUGCCAUUCUACGUGGCCGCGCCCACGACCACCGUGGACAGCAGUUUGUCAACUGGCAAGGAGAUACCCAUUGAGGAGAGACCAGCACAGGAGAUGACGUCCAUACAGGGAAUCCAACUGGCUCCUUCAGGCAUCGAGUGUUGGAACCCAGCAUUUGACGUCACUCCAAGCGAGCUCAUCACGGGAGGUAUCAUCACCGAAAAGGGCGUCUUCCCAGCAUCACAGGUGCUCGACAGUCUGCACGCCUGAAGAAGUGUCUCUUAAAGUUCCUAUAGCCACAGCAUUUCACUCGCAUGCAGCUAUAAAAAUGAUAAGCACAUUCGUGCAUUUUUUUUUACAUGUUUGUUGGAAAAAUAAACAAGACACAAGGUG